UUUUUAAAGUCCAUGCUUCCUCAAGUUGGUAAAAUCUUCACUCACUUAAAUCUCGGGAGAACGGUUUUUUUUCCCCCACGUCGCUCAGCGACGAAGACUUAAUUGAUUUGAAGUCCAUUUUCUGAACGGAGGAGAGGCGCCAAAUGGGCGCGCGACGAGGCCAAUGGAUUUUGUAAUAUCUCUUAAUUCUGGCUGGGAAAACACGGAGAGGAAAAAUCAAACAAAAAGAGGAAAGUAACAGGACGUGCAUGUCGCCUCUCACCGUAGUUUCCCUGCAGCUACCAUGAGUUGGAGUUUCCUGACUCGCCUGCUGGAGGAAAUCCACAACCAUUCCACGUUCGUGGGCAAGAUCUGGCUCACCGUCCUCAUCGUGUUCCGCAUCGUGCUGACGGCCGUCGGAGGCGAGUCCAUCUACAACGACGAGCAGAGCAAUUUCGUCUGCAACUCGGGCCAGCCGGGCUGUGAGAACGUCUGCUACGACGCCUUCGCGCCGCUCUCGCACGUCCGCUUUUGGGUUUUCCAAAUCAUUCUGCUGGCCACCCCCUCGCUCAUGUACCUGGGCUACGCGGUCAACAAGAUCGCUCGGGCGGAGGAGCGGACCGACUGCGACGGAGCGGUCGCGUUCUCGCAGAGGAGGAGGCCCAGGAAGCCGUAUCUGACGGGCAGAACGCAGCACCGGGGCAUCGAGGAGGCAGAGGGUGACCAAGAAGAAGACCCGAUGAUUUACGAAAUGGCGGAGGGGGGGAGUGAUGGCGGCGGACCGGUCAAGGUGCGCAGUGGUCCGACAAAGGUCAAGGUGCGCCACGACGGCCGCCAGCGCAUCCAAGAGGACGGACUGAUGCGUAUCUACGUCCUUCAGCUAUUGACCCGCACCUUGCUGGAGGUGGCUUUCCUGUGCGGACAGUAUGCCCUGUACGGCUUCGCUGUGCCUCACACCUACGUGUGCGCAGACCGCCCGUGCCCUCACAGCGUGGACUGCUUUGUGUCGCGGCCCACUGAGAAAACCAUCUUCCUCCUCAUCAUGUACACGGUCUCCCUGCUCUGUCUGGCGCUCAACAUAUGGGAGAUGUUUCACCUCGGCAUAGGCACCAUCUGCGAGAUCGUACGCUCCCGCCAGGUGCAGCUCCCCGACGACGAGCUGUACGGGCUGACGCGGGCACAGGGAGCUCUUCGCGAGGAAAGGGUGAGCGGAGAUGAUUACAAGCAGUACCCUUUUUCCUGGAGCGCCCCGUCGGCUCCCCCCGGGUACAACGUCGCCAUCAAGCCUCUUCUGGUUUCUACAAAGCACCACAACAAGCCGCUACCCAUCUCUGACAUCACCAACGCCAAGAUAGCAUGCCGGCAGAACCACGUGAACAACGCCCAAGAAGAGCGUCGGCAGUGCGCCGGCAACGGCGAAAACCUGCGCACAACGGGGAUGGGAGACGCCAGCAGAACUGAUCACAAGGACGUCUGUCCGCCGCAGAACAAGCUGGAGGCUGAAAACCCGGCCAACAGCCAGCCACAGCAGAGCCACAGCAACAACCACAGCAAGUCUCACCGUGAGCGCAAACACCGGCAGGCCUCCAAGCAGUCAAGCAAGGCGGACACUAACAGAGGCAGCAGCACGGGCAGCAGCAGCAAAUAUGGAGUCAUCAAGGGUUCUGAGUGGAUCUGAGAUGCAGGAUGUGACCUUUGGUGUUGUUAAGCAACGCAAAGCCUUCUCGGGACUAAGGCGUCGUCGUGUUUUUGUGUCCGUACUGUGUGUGAAUAAGGGACACGGCACUCAGUUUACAUUCUUUUCAGCAGUAUUCGUACCAUUAUAAUAGUUUGGUGAUUGCAAGUGAAUAAUAGUGGCAGGAUCUGUCGUGUGCCACGGUUAACUCCUGUCUUAGCCACAUUCUUGAUUAGAUAGUUACAGAAUAAUAUACCUGCACAGCGGCAGGGAUCAUAGAUGGUGCAUGCUCAUGGAGACAUAUCUCUGAUUUAUAGGAAUACUUACAGCCUUACUGUAUACAUUUAAGCUGCCUUAAAACUCAACAGUAGGUGUCAGGUUCUGACUUUAACAUUUAACCCUUUGAGUCUGUGAAGUACAAAUGUGUGUUGCUGUUGUAAACAACAUCAAAUGAAAGAAGUAAAAGUGUAAAAAUAAGUGUAUAUUUUGUUAAAUAGCUUUUGCAGGAAGAUGUCGGUGCUGUCUUUGAGUCCCUGUGAAUAUGCAGAGGCGUCCAUGUUGUAAAGUGCCUUACUUAAACCAAGUGCUGCUUCCUUUUGGCUCUGCAUCACUUAAUCUGUCACAAAAAAGGGCGUCAUUACCGCCGAAAACACGUCGCACUAUGGAAUGAGAGCCGAAGCCAAAGCAGUUCAGUGGAAGUGUUGAGCUAAAUAUAAUGACCCAACUUUGUUGUUCAGUCUUAUUGUCAAGCUCUUACAGUUUUAUAUAUUUUUUUGUUUGUUUGUUUGAAGUUCUUGCUAUGAAGCCUCUCGGGCACCAUUAGUCCACUUGUUUAUGGUAUUGACAUGAAGAAAUAGCUGGUGCAUCUGGUAUGUUGUAUGGUUUUUCAGUUCUUUGUCUUCAAUACAUUACUGUAAUUGCAUUACUUUGGUUGUGGAUUUUCAAAUUGAAAUGUUAAGGCUAGUGUUUUGCACUGUGCCAGUGUUUUUGUGAAUAAAGAAUUGUUGGUUAUGUUUUCUGCAACUGACAUUUUAAACUUACAAGUAUUGUAACUUUGAACCAUCCAAUAGGUGGA